AUGGAUUCACGCUCAGAUAACGCGUCGAAGCCUCGCCCUCCUGGCCGGGCCCCCGGCUCGCUUUCCCUAACCGAUGGCGACACCGCCUCUGCCUCUGCGUCCGCGUCCGCGUCCGCAUCUACGUCUGCCCCUGUCUCUGCCUCUGCCUGCACGAGUCAGCUACCGACACACAAAUCUCUUCUCACAGUAGAGGACAAGCUAGACAAACUGCAACAGCCUGCGGACUCCUCUCCCGACCUCUCAUCCUCUAAAUAUCCAUUCGAACUGCAACAGGUUGCGAGCUUCCUCCAUAAUCAAACAGAUUGCGAAGAUCAAAUUAUCGAUUUCUUCCUCCCCGUAGAGCAAUACCGGCAACUUACGGAGGAAUUAGAGCGGUGCGACAGGUUUGCGGGAUCGUACGUCAAAGUUGACUAUUCCUACACUACCGAGACGUUAUCUCUUAGAAUCCCUAGUGUAAGACACGAAAGCGUCGUUCGAUAUUUUAAUCAUCGUCUGGAUUCUUUUAUCUAUGGACCCGCUAUGAUUGAGUAUGCCGCAUCGCUUAGAGAUUCCGGCUCCGGAAAAUGCGAAUAUCUAUCAAAAGAUGGUAAGGGUCUUAUCGAGCGUCACCCUGAUAUCUCAAUCACAAACAGAAAGAAACCCGCAUGGCCAGUCCUAGUUUGUGAAGUCGCGGACUCGCAGAAAACAAAAGAUCUACACAGACUUGCACGAGAGUAUAUCGAGCAGACUAAGGGUAAUAUUCGGACUGUGAUUACUAUCGACUUCGACUAUCCAACUGGUAAGGGAGCAUAUAUAAUAGUUUGGAGAGCAAAUUUUGAUGAAGACGGGAGGUUUAAGGAGGUAGCUUGCGGCGACAUCGUGGAAAUUCGAAAUAAGGAGGGUACUAAGAACCCCGAUCCCGAGGCCGGAGUCUCCCUAUCGCUCGACGACUUUGGCCUUACUCGAGAAGUGGAAACAGGCGCGGUUAAUCAGGUCUUCACCGUCUCCGUCGACGAUCUGUACGCGAAUUUGGAAUUUACGGAGAGGGAGAUCGAACGGGAGAAGGCCGCGAGGGACGAUACCAUAGCGCGCUGGAAGGCAGGUGCGAAGGAGUGA